UUUUUUGUGUUGACUAUAAGAAGAGUUCAGAGUAGGCACUCUACUAUCGCCGCUGGGCCUGGCGAUUGCUAAUUUGCAAAAUCAUUCUCUCCUUUUUCUCUUUCUCUACAAGUCAGUUUUGACCGAGUGAAGAAAGAAGGGUUUUGGGGUUUCAACUCUUUCAAUGAGUGCUUUGAUUCUUUGGUCCUCUAAUGGAGGACCUUCGUUGUUCACCCCUGGAAGGAGUAGCUGGAGGAGUAACGAUUUGAAGGCUGUACAUUUUACAAGUUCUUCUAUAGGAUUGCCAGUGCUAACAUGCAGUUCAUAUAAGAUCGUAGAAAAGUUUUGUAAUCUAAGAUUUCGGCAGCAUAUUGGCAAGCAUCAUGCUAGAGGUAUUCAUGAAACAUCUACAGCCUUCCAGAAAAGUAAUACAAAAUUUCUGGUCAAUGCCACCUCUGGUUACCCUCAUGAGUCAGAACCAGAAGCUUAUCCAAAGAGCACUCAGAAUUCUGUUAUAAAUGCAAUGGAUGCUUUUUACAGGUUCUCACGGCCUCACACAGUUAUAGGCACAGCACUCAGCAUUGUUUCAGUUUCUCUCCUUGCCAUUGAGAAGGUGUCAGAUGUUUCUUCUGUGUUUUUUACUGGGGUGUUGGAGGCUGUGGUUGCUGCCCUUAUGAUGAAUAUUUAUAUUGUAGGUCUAAAUCAGUUGGCUGACAUUGACAUAGACAAGGUUAAUAAGCCUUACCUUCCAUUGGCAUCAGGGGAAUAUUCCACACUUACUGGCAUCAUGAUUGUCACGUCAUUUGCCCUCAUGAGCUUUUGGCUUGGAUGGAUUGUUGGUUCAUGGCCAUUAUUUUGGGCUCUUUUCAUCAGUUUUGUGCUUGGGACUGCAUAUUCAAUAAAUUUGCCACUAUUGAGAUGGAAAAGGUUUGCAUUGGUUGCAGCGAUGUGUAUCCUAGCUGUUCGAGCAGUGAUUGUUCAACUCGCUUUCUAUCUGCACAUGCAGAUCCAUGUAUUCAGCAGACCAGCUCUCGUUUCAAAGCCUCUAAUUUUUGCUACUGCAUUCAUGAGCUUCUUCUCAGUUGUUAUAGCUUUAUUUAAGGAUAUACCUGAUAUUGAAGGGGAUAAGAUAUUUGGAAUCAGAUCUUAUACAGUACGUCUGGGUCAAGAGCGGGUGUUUUGGACCUGUAUUUCACUUCUUGAAAUGGCUUAUGGUGUUUCUAUUUUGGUUGGUGCAACAUCUUCCUACACCUGGAGCAAAGUCAUCACCGUCUUGGGUCAUUCCAUCUUGGCUUUAAUUUUAUGGAUCCGUGCCAAAUCUGUCGAUCUGAAGAGCAAAGCUGCAAUAACAUCAUGUUAUAUGUUUAUUUGGAAGCUCUUUUACGCCGAGUACUUUCUCAUACCACUUAUAAGGUGAAGAGGAAUAAUUGAUCAAGUCAUGUAGCCUAAAAUCUGUUCCAUCCCGCAUUUAUACUUGGAAGAUAAAACAAAAUGAAAAUCCAAGAAAUUUUGCGGGCAGAAUUGUGAGAUUCAGUAUGAUCGUCGUUCCUUUUUAUAAAUGUGACAUUAUGAGCAAUGGUAGAGUCAAUUGUAUGAACAGACGCCAUAAACAAGUAGUUAUUAAGGUUUGACAAUGAGAUUUCUUCCCCUAUGAAACGGGAGGAAAAUGGAGGGUGAAGUUAAUAAUUGAAUAGACUGUGAGCAAAAGACAACCUUUUCUCUGGUGUGGGUAGAAGGACUUUUUUUCCCCAUGAACCUAGUUAUCUUGAAUAUAAAUAAAUUUUUACAUAUACUAACCGCAGAAGAUUAAUGCUUUGCCUUAAGGUCUCUACUUAGCUCAUUGCGACUUACUGUGCCAAUCUACGUGUUUGAAGGACCUUGAAACAUAUCCCACCAUUAUCAACUGCCAAUGGCAUCAUGUAGUUAUGAUUCAUUUGAAUCGACAGUGAAAUUAGAUUCAUUGAGAUUGAAAACAAAGAUAAUAGUUAUAUUAGUUAUUUUAAUGAUAAAAUUAGAUAAUGUAUCAAUGAGAUUAAAAUUAGUAUUAAUGAUAUGUAUUUGAAUGCAAACACAAUAAUAACAGUGAAAUUGACUAUGUUAGUCAAUUGUCUUAUUAUCCAUGUUAGUAAAUUGUCUGACUAAGGUAAUCGACUACCAUGUUUGAAAAUGAGGCAACUGAAUGCCCAACCAAAGGCAAUCUAUUGUCAUAACUGAAUUUUUUUUUUUCUUUCAAUUUUGCACCAAAACAGUUGAAUGCCUUAGGUAGAGAAAUCGAUUGCCCUAGAAUUCAGUGAACCCUCCAAUAAGAG